AUGCUUUACCGUCACUUAACAACCGCCGUUCGUACGGCCUCCCGCGCGCAGGCCGUGCCAAGUACCCGAAACUUCGCAACUGCUGCCCCGGUUUCGGCCUCCCGCAACCACAAGGUCGUUGUGGUAGGAGGUGGUUCCGCAGGUCUGACAAUUAGCCACCAGCUUCUGCAAUCCGGCAACUUCACAGCCGAGGAUAUCGCGGUUGUUGACCCCGCCGAAUGGCACCACUACCAGCCAGGCUGGACCCUCGUCGGCGGCGGCCUGAAGACCAAGGAAGAGCUCCGCCGUCCAAUGAAGAGCCUCCUAGACCCCAAGCUCAAGUUCUACAAUGACAGCGUUCAGACUUUUGCUCCAGAAAAUAACUUUGUCACCCUCUCCAAUGGCGACAAGAUUGGCUACGACCAAUUAAUCGUCGCCCCCGGUCUCACCGUCUCCCCCGCCAACAUCAAGGGUCUCCCCGAAGCUCUUGCGAACCCCGAUGCCCCCGUAUCCUCCAUCUACACCUACGACUCCGUCAACAAGGUUUUCCCCUCCAUUAGGAAGUUUGAGAAGGGCAAUGCUAUCUUCACCCAACCCGCCGGCGUCAUUAAGUGCGCCGGUGCCCCGCAGAAGAUCAUGUGGCUCGCCCUGGAUCACUGGAAGCGCGCCGGUCUCUACAACCCCAGCAACCCUUCCAGCUCAGCCAUCAACAUCAGCUUCGCGACUGGUCUUCCCGUCAUGUUCGGUGUGCCCAAGUACAAUGCGGCCCUGACCAAGAUGCAGCAGGACCGUGGUGUCAACGCGCUCUUCCAGCACGACCUGGUCGAAAUCGACGGAAACAAGGCCAUCUUCGCACGCCCCGACGGCGCGGAAUCCGUCAUCAAGCACUUUGAUCUCCUUCACGUUGCACCGAAGAUGGGAUCACCCGCUUUCAUUAAGAACUCCCCAAUCGCGAACGAGGCCGGCUUCGUCGAUGUGGAUGAUGCCACCACCCGCCACAAGAAGUUCGCUAAUAUCUGGUCCGCUGGCGAUGCCUCCAGCUUGCCCACGUCCAAGACCGCCGCCGCCGUGACUGCGCAGUCUCCUGUUCUUGUGCGCAACUUGCUCAACGCCAUGGAGGGUAAGCAGCUGGAUGCCGUUUACGAUGGGUACACUUCUUGCCCAUUAUUGACCGAGUACGGCAAGGUGCUCUUGGCGGAGUUCAAGUAUGGACCUGAGCCCAAGGAGACUUUUGGUGACUGGUUCGGUAUUGACCAGGCGGAGCCCCGUCGCUCCUUCUGGCACUUGAAGAAGGAUUUCUUCCCAUGGGUGUACUACACCCACAUGGUGAAGGGUAACUGGGCUGGUCCUAAGGGAUGGAUUAAUUAG